GGUGAGAUGGCCAGUCCAAUUCUUUGGCAGAACGAGGAUGCGACAAUCACGCUGAUUGACAUCCCAACCUCUAUCACCACGGCUCAAGGCACCGUUCAACAUCCGUGUCAUGACCGCAUUCUCUCCUCUGAGCCCUUGACGGCCCCCUUUGCUGCCAAUGAGCCGAAAUCAGCACCCGCCAAAGCGAAGCUAAUGACCAAUAGUGUAGACGAAGACUUGCAUGCCGAGUAUGCAGCGUUGCUCAGUACAGCGCUACAAGAAGUGCGGAAUCGUUAUGAAGGUGCAUGGUGUUUGCCGCGGCCUUUCGUGCAGCCACCGUCAAAGAAGCGGAAACGGGAUGCUAACGGCGAAGAACCAGAAUCGACCUGUGUAGAGGCGUUGCUUCCGCACCAGGAGCCGCCUGGGCUGUUGUCACGACUUGCUCGGCCUGUGAGAGGGGACGCUUCGGUGCCACGAGUUCGCCUACAGAGCGGGCAGCGAGACGGUGGUUCGACUGAAACCGCGAGAUCCAUUGAUCUUCCGAGCCUGAUCUCGAGUGCUGAUAGCGAGCCGGCGCAACUGCUCAUUACGACUAAUGACAAAGAAGACACCUUCAGAUACCGCAUCCCACCGACCUCAUCCUUCUACCUAGGUGAUUGCGCAGACUCCAACAGCUUCCGCAACGCAGUCCGCCAGCAUUCGGCCCAGCAGGACACUACUUACCUCUUUGACUUCAUCUUACUGGACCCACCGUGGCCGAACCGCUCGGUCAGACGUACGCACCAGACCAAAGGCUCAACGUACAACGUGCUUACUACCGUGGAGACCAUCCAGGAUUUGCUGCUUGGCAUGGAUCUGGACAUGCUCAUGCAGCAAGACUGCCGAGUCGGCAUCUGGAUUACUAACAAGCGUGCCGUACGCGACCUUGUUCUCGGUGACGGCGGCUUGUUCGCGGCAUGGGGUCUGAAGCUUGAGGAGGAGUGGAUUUGGUUGAAGACAACGGUUGAUGGUCAGCCUGUGUCGGAUCUAAACGCACUUUGGCGCAAACCGUACGAAGUCUUUUUGCUUGGGCGGAGAAGCCUCGACUACGACGUCGGAACCAGCGAUACAGAGUUAAAGCGUAGGGUAGUGGUCGGCGUGCCAGACCUGCACUCUCGCAAGCCUUCCCUGAAAGCUCUCAUUGAAUCGCUUCUCCUGGUCAGUCGCAGUCAGCGUGUCCUAGAGGUUUUUGCAAGGCACCUGGUCGCUGGCUGGUGCAGCUGGGGAGACGAGUGCAUAAAGUUCAAUUGGGACGGAUAUUGGCUGAAGACAUAAUUUGAUAGACUGCCCAAUGCGAAGGACUUUACAGUCUGCGCUCUAAGCACACGACCUUACCAGAUGGCCGGUCCACUCCGGUUCAAUGCAGACAACGCCUGCUCAAUCGUAAUUACAUUUACGAACUUCGGGAGGAUGCCCGCCAAGAUGUUCGUGUUGAUGUCCGGUGUGUUCGGAGGCGACUCGAUCGUGUUGUUGGCGAUCACAUAUCUAUGAAAUAACAGUCAGCUCACCUGGGGCUCUAGCUUACAGAGUAUGAAGACUCACAUCUUGUAGUCCAGAUUGUACAGCUGGUACGCGGUGGCCAAGAUCACACCAGAUGUCCGUAUACCAGACAAGAUCACAGUAUCGAUCUGCUGCGCGCGCAAGAUCUCCUCCAACGAAUUGCCUGCACCGGCAUAGAGUCUUGUCUUCUGUAGCACCACAUCUCCCGCCGUCUCGUUGACGAAGAACCGUGGGUAGAUCAUAGUGCUGUUGUCGGUGAUGA